CCUCGUUUGUCCUCGCGAGCUAAAUGCCAGAAGACUACGACUGUGGGACCUCUCUCUAAAAAAUCUUAUGCUUCUUCCAUCGUUCUCACUCAUCAUAUCUUACCUCUGAUCUUUCUCAGUUCUCAGUGCUCUCUCUCUCUCUCUCUCCAUUACUCAUUUUCACUUGGUUUUCACCAUUUUCUUCUUUCUCUCUCUCUCUUCACUUCCCUGGUGGGAUUUGCAGAAGGAAAGCUUUACCUUUUGCCAAAGCUCAAAAGGUGAAUGCUUCUUAGGUUUGUAAGCUCAGAUCCCCUUUCAUUUCGUCGCUUUCCAGGUUCCAAAAUCUAUAUCUUUCCCUGAUCCAGCAUAACCCUCUGGUUUUUGAUAAUUUUCUGGGAUUGUUUGGGUUUUUGAGCUGGUUAUGCCAUCAUCUGUGGAUGAUGAUCUACUGAGUCACAGUAUCAAGGCAGGGAGAUAUAUCAUUGCUGUAUGAUUUUGAAGAAGUAGAGGUUUAAGUCUGAGGGAUUAGUUUCAUAAUAUCAGGGAAAAAAUGGAGCAGAAGGAGGAAGAGAACUGGAGGGAACUGGUGAGAAAGAUGCUCCCCCCAGGUGCACCUAUGCCUGAGGAUUCUUCUCACCUUGAUUAUUCUAUAGCCAUGGAGUAUGUGGGUCCCCCUGUCGCCUAUGAUGUUCCGAAAGUUGAGCCCCUCGAUGUUAAUUCGCGGGCAAUCCCAACUGCAGAACCACUAUCUGAAUCAAGAAGGUCUAAUCUGGGUCAGCCAGUGAUUGAACCAAUUCCACUGCCUGUAUCUUGUAUUGCUGGUGUGACAAGUUCCCUGGGGCAGAGUAGAAGGGCAUCAGGAAGUUCAGAGUCUGUUGUGUCUGUUUUGCAAAACCCUGAUCUUUCUUCAGCCUCACCUUCAGCUUCUCCAGGUUCAGUCCAUAAUCCUCCAAAUAAUGCUUCCAAACAAGGACCCAAUGAGGUCAAAAGAGCUCCAGUUGUCACUUUCAAUACUGUUGAUAGAUCUGAGAGGAAAGAGGCUGAAGUAGAGAAGCCAGUUGUUCCUGAGUAUGUUGGAGUUAUGAAAGAGAAGAAGAAGAAGAAGAAAAGUAGAAUAUGUUAUCGCUGUGGUAAAGGAAAGUGGGAAACUAAGGAGUCUUGCCUGGUUUGUGAUGCUAAGUAUUGCAGCAAUUGUGUGCUAAGGGCGAUGGGAUCCAUGCCUGAGGGACGAAAGUGUGUAACUUGUAUCGGCCAGCCCAUUGACGAAUCAAAACGGUUAAAGUUGGGUAAGCACUCAAGGGUUCUCUCCAGAUUACUCAGUCCUUUAGAAGUCAAGCAGAUUAUGAAGGCGGAAAAAGAAUGCUCUGCUAAUCAGCUUCGACCGGAGCAGCUGAUAGUUAAUGGAUUCCCUCUGAAACCAGAAGAGAUGGCAGAAUUACUUGGAUGUUCUUUACCUCCUCGGAAGUUGAAGCCUGGUAGAUAUUGGUAUGAUAAAGAAUCUGGUCUCUGGGGAAGGGAGGGAGAAAAACCAGAUAGAGUAGUAAGUUCAAACUUAAAUUUUACUGGAAAACUUAGCCCAGAUGCAAGUAAUGGGAAUACUGAAGUUUAUAUCAAUGGUAGAGAAAUUACAAAACUUGAACUGAGGAUACUGAGACUGGCAAAUGUGCAAUGUCCACGUGACACCCAUUUUUGGGUCUAUGAUGAUGGCCGUUACGAGGAAGAAGGUCAGAAUAAUAUCAGAGGAAAAAUUUGGGAGAAGGCGACAACGAGGUUUGUUUGUACCUUGUUCUCUUUGCCUGUGCCCAAUGGUCAGCCACAAGGAUUAAGAGACGAGGCUAGCACUUAUACCACCGUUCCUAAUUAUCUGGAGCAGAAAAAGGUUCAAAAGCUGCUUCUUCUUGGACUUCAAGGCUCUGGAACCAGCACUAUCUUCAAGCAGGCCAAAUUUUUGUACGGGAACAAGUUCACUCCAGAAGAACUUCAGGACAUUAAGUUAAUGAUCCAGAGUAACAUGUACAGAUAUCUGAGCAUUUUGCUUGAUGGGCGGGAGCGCUUUGAGGAAGAAGCUCUAUCUAAAAUGAGAGAACUAGGAUUCUGUGAUGAAACAGUUGAACCAGGUGGAGAGGAUGAUUCCAAUGAAACGACUCAAUGUGUUUACUCCAUCAACCCGAGGUUGAAGCAUUUCUCUGACUGGUUGCUGGACAUUAUAGCUACCGGAGAUUUGGAUGCAUUCUUCCCUGCAGCAACACGUGAGUAUGCUCCAUUAGUUGAAGAGGUGUGGAAGGAUCCUGCUAUCCAGGAAACAUUUAGAAGAAGUGAUGAGCUCCACUUCCUCCCUGACGUGGCAGAGUACUUUUUAAGCAGGGCUGUUGAGAUUUCAAGCAACGAAUAUGAGCCUUCAGAAAGAGACAUAUUGUAUGCUGAAGGGGUCACCCAGGGAAAUGGUUUAGCUUUCAUUGAAUUCUCAUUAGAUGAUCGAAGUCCAAUGUCUGAAACGUACACAGACAAUGUGGAUGCUCCUUCGCAACCUCAAACUAAAUAUCAACUCAUAAGGGUAAACGCAAAGGGACUGAGCGAGGGGUGUAAAUGGGUGGAAAUGUUUGAAGAUGUGCGCGUGGUUGUCUUUUGUGUUGCUCUCAGUGACUAUGAUCAGUUUUCUCUUGCCCCAGAGAGUAAUGGGAGUGGCAGCCUACUUCAAAACAAGAUGAUGCAAAGCAAGGAGCUCUUUGAAACUAUGGUCAGGCACCCAUGUUUCAAAGAUACCCCAUUUGUCUUGAUACUGAAUAAAUACGAUCUCUUCGAAGAUAAGGUUAAUCGACUCCCCUUGAGUACUUGUGAAUGGUUCAACGAUUUCAGUCCAGUACGUCCGCACCAUAACAACCAGACACUAGCACAUCAGGCUUAUUUCUAUAUCGCCAUGAAGUUCAAAGACCUCUAUGCCUCCCUCACUGAUCGUAAGCUUUUCGUAGGGCAAGCUCGGGCUAGGGACCGAAUAACUAUUGACGAGGCAUUCAAGUAUAUAAGGGAGGUUCUUAAGUGGGACGAAGAGAAGGAGGAAAACUACUAUGGGGGAGCAGAGGAUUCCUUCUACAGUACAGAUAUGAGCUCCUCACCAUUUGUAAGGCAAGAAUAAUAUGCUUGUAAGUUGUAAUAAUAAUCUUACUAUGCAAUUUUUUUUUUAAGACAACGAGAAAAGAAUAGAGGUGAAGAUGCAACAUACCUAAAGUGCCUCUGCCCACUGGAAUAAGGAUAUUGAUGGGGGGCUUUUCGAAGUUGACUUGGUGUGAGCAUGUACAUUGUAGAAUAGGAAAAAAUGUUCGUUAAAUUCUUGAGGAAAUUUGUAUUGAGAGGUUGAUUUAGUAAAAUCAUAUUUCAACUUAUUUCUCACUUUGACCUUUGGUUUGGAUGGAUGAAAAGUUUAUUUAAUUUUUUGGCA